GUUGGUUUUGGUCUAAAACAGAAUUGAUACGUCAAAAAUUCUCAAUUUUGAUUCUGAUUAUUUCGUCAUUUAUGAUUACGCUUACAAUUUAUGAGUGAUUUUCGAUGCAAUCAGACUUCAUAAUAAUUAACUGUAAAGGAAUGAAAGUAUUGGUUAACUUUUGAACAUUUUUCAACAUUAUUUUGGAACGUAUGAUAAAGUUUUCAAAAUGAUUAUGUGUCACUUAUUCUGAUGUCUUCGUACGUAUGAUGUUCCUCGUUAUAUAUUCAUUCCAUGAGGGAUUCUGUGUGAUUUUGUAGAAGUAUGAAUCAUUCGGAUCUAUAGUUUCACAAUGGGAGCUAGUAGCAGCUCGGAAUUUGAUUCAAGCGGCGAUCUGACUGAUAAUGAUUCGCUGUUGUUGUUUGCCGGCGAAUUACCCAUCGCUGAAAAUGAUCAGUUCUGGGAUACUUUUCUUACAUUCACUUUAAAGCCUCCAACCACCAGAGAAAUCGAUGAAGCAAUUGGUAAUCGAUUGAAACCAGUCUGUAAAAUGUUAUUUAUGAACAACUUGAAAACUGGAAAUUUCGCUACAUUAUUGAAGUAUAUUUCCAAACAUUCUGCGGUCAGCUGUUUAGUUCCAACUGAAAAUAACGAAAACGCAAGCAUCACACGGUGUCGAUUUUUCAAUGCCCUGUUUGUGGCGAGGUGUUUUACGAAAUAUCUAAUCGAACAUACCAAUGAAACCGAAUUACUGAAUCAUUUUUCACCCAGCGUUGAUUCACCGAAAGAAGAAAAUUCUAAAUUAGUGAGUUUUCAAGAAUACAUGCAAAUUUUGGUGGACAGCAUAGUUAAACUACCUGUACUUGAUUCUACGUAUGAGCUUCACAUUGAGGUUAUCAAUUCGUUACUUGUUUUAUUAUCAGUUCCGCUGUUUGCCUGUAUUCCUGCCAAUCAAUAUACUUCUUAUAAAUUCAUGAUGGAAAUAGCGGAAGCAAAUACACUUUUGAAAACGUUACUUCAGCGUUAUAUAGAACAACCAAAGAGACCAGUUAAAUCUCCCAGUAAUCUUUUUUACGAAUUAGCUUCGGAUAUUUGGAAUUUCUUCGCGUUUCAUCGGCAAGAUGAAGAUGAAACAUUUUCACCUUUAGCCAAUCAUGCAGUUUUAUUAAUGCUAGUUUUAAUCAACCAUAGUUCUCCAACAAUAUCUAAUCCUUAUAGAAAUUCAAUAUCGUCGUAUACAGCAAAUGUGAAUGGGUUAUACGAAGUUCUCUGUCAAACAAUCAAAUCGGAAGAGAAUACGCUAUUAUUGUAUCAUUUGCUUCACUGUAACGUUAAUUUUAGAAAUUAUCUAUUGGCUCGAUCCGACAUAGAAUUAAUGCUUUUUCCCAUUUUGAGACGAAUUUAUAAUGCAGCGGAUAAUAACUGUCACCACAUGUACAUGUCGUUGAUUAUUCUGUUGAUUUUGACUGAAGAUCAGUUAUUUAAUAAAACCAUCCAUAGUAUGAUGCUGAAAGGAAUUCCUUGGUAUACGGAACGCGUCAUAAACGAAGUCUCACUAGGCGGACUAAUUAUACUAGUAACUGCUAGAACAAUUCAAUUCAAUUUAUUAAGAAUGAGAGAUAAAUAUUUGCACACCAACUGUUUAGCAGCAUUAGCGAACAUGUCGUCGCAAUUUACGAAUCUGCAUCCUUACGUUUGUCAGCGUCUCAUCAGUUUAUUUGAAGUUCUUACAAAAACACAUUCUAGAGCAAACGUGGACGUCAUGGCUGUUGAAGAAGCUAUAAGAAUCAUUCUAGAAGUGAUUAACUCGUGCUUGACGCAUCAAUUAAUACACAAUACCAAUUUAGUUUAUACGCUGUUAUACAACAAGCAUGUCUUUCAACCAUUCAGGAAUCAUGAAGCAUUUCACGAUGUCAUUCAAAAUAUCGAUUUGGUCAUAACGUAUUUUUCUAAAAAACUAGAGAAAGAAAAUGAGCAAAGUAAUGACGUGAAUGAAAUUUUAGAAAAAGUACAACGAUGGUCUUUACAAUGGCCCAGGGAUCUUUUAAAAAAAUUUCCUGACUUGAAAUUCAAAUACGUGGAAGAAGAACGACCCGAAGAAUUUUUCAUUCCAUAUGUAUGGUCUUUAGUCGGAAAAUCGUCCGGAAUCUACUGGAACGCGGCUUUAUAUAAACUGUGAUAAUGUUGUGUUAAUUGUUUAUUACUUGCGCAAAACCUUUAUACAUUACAUAUUUGCUUUUGUUGAGAUGUAAAUUUUAUACACCUAACUGGUAUUACGAUAAUCUGUUAUAAUUCGUUGAACGAAAAAUAAUUUUUAUUUCAAUUCGAGUGUAUGGUCCUAUUUUAAUAAAUUAUUCCAUUUCAUUUUUCA